GAUAGAACAUUAAAGGAUGGUCGAAUGGAAAUAAAGAUCAGCCAUGGCGGGGAGUGUUUCUAGAUUAUCUGCUAUAAGAAGACAUAUACUCUACCGUUUCAUUCACAGCACAUCCACCUCAAAUGAAGCCAACUGUGACCGGGACUCUGAUACGGCAUUUGCAUCUAGUUGGAACAAUGAAUAUAAACUGCGUGAAAAUGUUAUCAUCAGGACGAUGAAGGAGGAAGACAUUCCUGUCUUCGCUGCCUGGGUAGUUAGCUUGAAGUGGGGCUACACAGAGAGCAUGGUGUCAGCCAUUUGCAAGUAUGACCUAAAAAGAUGUUUUACAGCCACAUCAACCAAUGGGAAAAUUCUUGGUCUCUAUGCCGGUUGCGUCCAAACUCCCGAAAAAGCAUUUGCUUCUUUAUGCGUGGUGGAUAGCGAUGUGCGUGGUGGGUGUGUCCUCAAAGCCUUACAAAUAAACUAUACUAACAGCAUUGGAAGUCAGAAUGUCGCUUAUGAUGUUAGAAAACAUCUUAUUGAAACAUACAAAAGUUUUCCCGGUACUGCUCUUUCAUUUAAACGCAACUGCUACGAAGGCUUUCUAACUAUACCGGAUGAUAAUGAUAAGUCCCCAGGUGAUGUCCGAGUUGUACCAGCUGAUGAAGUCCACUUUGACAAACUGACCGAGUAUGAUGCCUCCAUUGGCCAAGUCUAUAGACCUACGUUUAUCAAAGAGUAUUGUUUUAAUAAUGAAUCAUAUAGUAUCAUUGCUCAAAAGAAAGCGAAUGAAAUAUGUGGGUUUGCAACCAUGCAUUUUGCAAAUGUUUACAACUUUAUAGGACCGUAUUAUGCAGAUGAUGAAACCACUGCUAAUGCAUUAUUGAACAAUCUUCACAGUAAAGCAGACAAUAAAAAGAAGACCCAGAUAUUGUGUCCCGAUCGUAACACAUCUGGUUGUGCCUUAAUAGAAAAAUAUGGGUUGUCACUCGUCACGUAUUCACAGAGAAUGUACAACUUAUUUGAACCAGAAUUACCAUUGAAACUGGUGUAUGGGCUCCCACUAGGAUUUGGCCCAUUGUGAAGUAUUUUAAUUACAUGAAUGCUUAGUUAAUAAAGUGCCAUAUUAAUC